AUGGUGACAAAGAUGUCGUUCUCACAGAUGCGCCGAGGUCGAAGCGGCAUCACUUUUCUGCUUUUCGCCCUUCUAGACUUCGGUUCUGCAGACACCCUUCCAUUGACUAUGAGAUGGUCCACAAAAGGAUUUGGACCUGAUGGCCCUUGGAAUGCUGUGUUAGUAGAGCUAGGCAGUGCGAGAGAGGAGAUUGCUCUGUAUCCCGGUGGUUGGUGGACGAGUUACAUCAUCCUUUCUUCCUACUGCUCAAACCUCACGACAUCACUCUACUGCUAUGCCGAUGAUGCCGAUAUCUCGCAAACCAACGCCAUUCCCGUCUACGGCAAGGCUCACCGUUCCAUCGAUACGAUGAGCAUAUCUGGAACGGACAUCCCAAAUACCAACCUAAUUACUGUCGAAGAUGGCUACCAAACCUACCCCGGAGGAAAGAAUUACCCACUCGAAGUUGGCACUCUGGCGCUGGGUGCCCAAGGCACUAACCAGACAUUUGGCGGUAUCGGAGGAAAUAUUGUCACUGGGUGGCUGUGGGAUGUGUUGAAGGGUAUCGAAUCUUAUACAUACGGCAUGCACAUUGGGUCAUCGUCGCUAAGCAUUCCGGGCAGUCUGAUGCUCGGUGGCUACGAUCAAAGUCGGGUGCUGGGUGACGUUUCUGCCCAGCCUCAUACAGGCAGUUCGGCGCCUAUCAAUCUACUUGACGUUAGCCUUGGUGUGGCGGCUGGUAGUUCACCGUGGAAUUUCUCUAGCAAAGAAGGCUUACUUUCACAAGGGAACUCAUCUCUUUUGGGUGGUACCACCAUCAUAGCAGCCCCAGUUGAUCCUUACCUUUACCUGCCUCAGAGUUCCUGUGAUGCCAUUGCUGCUGAAUUGCCAUACCAGAGGAUUAUCACUUCUCCCAGCUAUCUGGCAUUCACCUUCACCAAGGACAGCACCAACACACAAAACCUUACUAUCAAGGUGCCAUUUGCUCUUUUGAACCUCACCCUAGAUGCGCCUCUUGUCGACAGACCCAUGGCUUACUUCCCGUGUUACGGAACUGGAGGCAUAUAUGCGUUGGGACGGGCAUUCCUUCAGGCGGCAUUCAUUGGCGCCAACAUGAAAAUUGGAGCUACCAAUUGGUUCUUGGCCCAAGCACCAGGUCCCGGCUACGCCCGCAUCGCCAGCGAAACCAUACUCGCAGAAGAUGCUACCACAUUGGUCAGUUCACACAACAGUUGGGAAGCGAGCUGGUCUGCAUAUUGGACCCCACUCACAUCCAACGGCGCAACCGGCAAGAACAGCACAGACAGCGGAAAUCCAGCAACUGGUGCUACGACCUCUAAGGCUUCCGAAAGCUCUGACAGUGAAGGCUUGUCACUGGGCACCAAAGCGGGAGUUGGUGCUGGCUGCGGUGCUGCUGGUCUCUUUCUAGUGAUUCUGCUUGUGUUUUGGCUUGUUCGUCGGCGGCGGCGGCAGCAACAGAAAUGGAGUCCUGCUCAACAGGCUUCCAUGGGUCAUAUGUCUAAUGGGAGUUCUGUUCAAUAUAGCUAUACUAAUAGGGCCAAGCCACAUGAGAUAAUGGAACUGGGUGAUAAUCAACCAUACCAAGGGCCAUUUGAAAUGGGCCCAGGAAAGACUUUUUCAAUUGAUUAUCAAAAGCAGUUAUAA